CCCAGACUCCAGCCCUGGACCGCGCAUCCCGAGCCCAGCGCCCAGACAGAGUGUUCCCACACCCUCCUCUGAAACACCAUGUUCAACUCGAUGACCCCACCGCCAGUCAGUAGCUAUGGUGAACCCUGCUGUCUCCGGCCCCUCCCCAGUCAGGGGGCUCCCAGCAUGGGGACAGAAGGACUCUCUGGUAUGCCCUUCUGCCACCAGGCCAACCUCAUGUCCAGCCCCCACAGUUAUGGACCAGCUAGAGAGACCAACAGCUGCACAGAGGCCCCACUCUUUCCUCCUCCCCGGAGUGGAGUCAAGUUGACCAAGAAGAGGGCACUCUCCAUCUCACCUCUGUCGGAAGCCAGCCUGGACCUGCAGACAGUUAUCCGCACCUCACCCAGUUCCCUCGUGGCCUACAUCAACUCUCGCUGUGCAUCUCCAGGGGGCUCCUAUGGCCACCUCUCCAUCGGCACCAUGAGCCCCUCUCUGGGAUUCCCACCCCAUAUGAAUCACCAAAAAGGGACCUCGCCUUCCUUUGGGGUCCAGCCCUGUGGUCCCCAUGACCCCACCCGGGGUGGAAUGAUGCCACAUCCUCAGUCCCGGGGACCUCUCCCAACCUGCCAGCUGAAGUCUGAGUUGGAUGUGCUGGUUGGCAAGUGCCCGGAGGAGCCCUUGGAAGGUGAUAUGUCCAGUCCCAACUCCACAGGCACACAGGACCCCCUGCUGGGAAUGCUGGAGGGGCGGGAAGACCUGGAGAGAGAGGAGAAGCCUGAACCUGAAUCUGUGUAUGAGACUGACUGCCACUGGGAUGGCUGCAGCCAGGAAUUUGAUUCGCAGGAGCAGCUGGUGCACCACAUCAACAGCGAGCACAUCCAUGGGGAGCGGAAGGAGUUCGUGUGCCACUGGGGGGGCUGCUCCAGGGAGCUGAGGCCCUUCAAAGCCCAGUACAUGCUGGUGGUGCACAUGCGUAGACACACAGGCGAGAAGCCACACAAAUGCACGUUUGAAGGGUGCCGGAAGUCAUACUCACGCCUCGAAAACCUGAAGACACACCUGCGGUCACACACAGGUGAGAAGCCAUACAUGUGUGAGCACGAGGGCUGCAGUAAAGCCUUCAGCAAUGCCAGUGACCGAGCCAAGCAUCAGAAUCGGACCCACUCCAAUGAGAAGCCAUAUGUGUGUAAGCUCCCUGGCUGCACCAAACGCUACACAGAUCCCAGCUCACUCCGAAAGCAUGUCAAGACAGUGCACGGUCCUGAUGCGCAUGUGACCAAGCGGCACCGAGGGGAUGGCCCCCUGCCCCGGGCACCACCCCUUGCCACAGUGGAACCCAAAAGGGAGCGGGAUGGAGGCCCCAUCAGAGAGGACAGCAGACUGACCGUGCCGGAGGGUGCCAUGAAACCACAGCCAAGCCCUGGGGCCCAGUCGUCCUGCAGCAGUGACCACUCUCCAGCAGGCAGUGCAGCCAAUACAGAUAGUGGUGUGGAAAUGACUGGCAAUGCUGGGGGCAGCACUGAGGACCUGUCCAGCUUGGAUGAGGGGCCUUGCAUUGCUGGCACUGGUCUGUCCACCCUUCGUCGCCUUGAGAACCUCAGGCUGGACCAGCUACAUCAGCUCCGGCCGAUAGGGCCCCGGGGCCUCAAACUGCCCAGCUUGACCCACACCGGUGCCCCUGUGCCCCGCCGUCUGGGUCCCCCAGGCUCUCUUGACCGCCGCAGCAGCAGCUCCAGCAGCGUCAGUUCAGCUUACACUGUCAGCCGCCGCUCCUCCCUGGCCUCCCCUUUCCCCCCUGGCUCCCCACCAGAGAAUGGAGCAUCCUCUCUGCCUGGCCUCACACCUGCCCAGCAGUACUUGCUCCGAGCAAGAUAUGCUUUGGCCAGGGGGGGCAGCACCCCACCCACUGCAGCACCCAGCCUGGAUCGGGUGGGGAGUCUUCCUGCACCUCCUUGGAGAAGUCGACUGGAGUAUCCAGGAUACAACCCGAAUGCAGGGGUCACCCGGAGGGCCAGUGACCCAGCCCGGGCUGCUGAUCGCCCUGCUCCAGCCAGAGUCCAGCGGUUCAAGAGCUUGGGCUGCGUACACACACCCCCUACUGUGGCAGGGGCAGGCCGGAACUUUGAUCCCCACCUCCCAACCUCUGUCUACUCACCACAGCCUCCCAGCAUCACUGAGAAUGUCACCAUGGAUACCAGAGGGCUACAGGAAGAACCAGAGGUUGGAGCUUCCAUGAUGAGCAGUGGUCUGAACCCCUAUAUGGCCUUCCCACCUGCUGACACUGUGGGAUAUGGGGGACCAGAGGGGACAGCAGUUGAGCCUUAUGGAGGUAGGGGUCCAGGCUCCCUGACUUUUGGGCCUGGUCCCCCCACCAACUACAGCCCUAGCCCCUGCCCCCAGCAGGUCUCCUAUCCUGACCCCACCCCAGAAACAUGGGGUGAGUUCCCCUCCCACUCUGGGCUGUACCCAGGCUCCAAGGCUUCAGGUGGGGCCUACAGACAGUGUCCUCGACUUGAACAUUACGGACAAGUGCAGGUCAAGCCAGAACAGGGGUGCCCAGUGGGUUCUGACUCUACAGGACUGGCACCCUGCUUCAAUGCCCACCCCAGUGAGGGGCCCCUGUUCUCACAGUACCCCCAGCCCACCCCUCCCCAGUAUCCUCAAGCAGUCCCCUAUGGGACUGUCCAGCUACCCCUUGAUUAUCCUUCAGAAUCCAGGCCUGGCCUGGACUUUGACUCUCCUCCUCACUCCACAGGACAACUCAAAGCUCAGCUUGUAUGUAAUUAUGUUCAGUCUCAACAGGAGCUGCUUUGGGAGGGUGGGAGCAGGGGAGAGCCCCCAGUCCAUGAACCUCCUUACCAGAACCCCAAGUUUCCAGGGGGUUCUCAGGUUAGCCCAAGCCCUGCCAAGGCCUCCAUGGCCACAUAUGGACCUGGCUUUGCACCUAAUUUGUCCCAUCACAAGUCAGACUCCUAUCCUACCCCUUUACAAUGCCAUGAAAAUUUUGCAGUGGGGGCAAACAGGGCUCCCCAUAGGGCAGGAGCACCACCCCGACUUCUACCCCCGUUGCCUACUUGCUAUGGGCCCCUCAAGGCAGGGGGCUCCAACCCUAGCUGUGGCCAUCCUGAAGUGGGCAGGCUGGGAGGAGGUCCUGCCUUGUACCCUCCUCCAGAAGGGCAGGUGUGUAACCCCCUGGACUCUCUUGACCUUGACAACACUCAGCUGGACUUUGUGGCUAUUCUAGAUGAGACCCAGGGGCUGAGUCCUCCUCCUUCCCAUGAUCAGGAGGGCAACUCUGAACAUACCCCACCUCCCUCUGGGCCUCCCAACAUGGCUGUGGGCAACAUGAGUGUCUUACUGGGAUCCCUGCCUGGGGAGACUCAAUUCCUCAACUCUAGUGCCUAAAGAGUGGAGAAUCCCAUCUAUCACAGGUCUUCAUUUCCUAAGGGGUUUCCAUGCCCCAAGAGCAGUGGAAGGGAGGCUUGUGUGUCUCCAUAGUUCCCUGCAUAAGAAGCCCUAAGGAUGAGAGUAUGGGCUGGGGCUAUAUAAAGUCUGUACAUAUUUUGGGGAGGAAUUUGAUAAUGACACUAUUUCCUGAUAAUAAACUGCAUCAGAAA